GCACCACUCGAGGAAGGACACCUCACUCACAUUUUUAUAAAGUGCAUGGCGAUAAAUGAGAUGUUAUCAAGGACUCGUCUUUAUGGGAGGACAUUAAAAGUGGAGAUAUGAGGAUACAGCAUUGACGGGAUUUAAAAACAGCUUGUUUUAAAAGUAAAAGUAAUCCUUAACGUACCUUUUUAUAAAACAUGUAUGGCUGAGAUUUUAUCAGGGACUGAUGUUUCUGGAGGGACAUUAAAGGUGGAGACGUACUGAGGAUAUCGUCAGUAAAAGGAUUUUAAAAAGCUUGUUUUAAAGGGAUCCUUUUAUAAGACUUGGAGGACCCUGGAGCUGCAGCAGCUCGUCAAAUAAAUCCGUCAUGCUCGUGCCCCCCGCAGAGGCUCCUAUCCUGCAGGGUCUGUGGGAAGCGGUACGGGUCAGGCAGCAAGAGGUGCUUCUCUCCCUAUACCUGCCCGCCACCUACGCCUUCCUGACGCACGUGCUAUUCUGCACACCUUUCCUCGCGCUAGACGUGCUAGGCAGCGUGUGUCAGCGUGUGCGCUCCUGGAGAGUGUCUGCAGGCUCCGGUGCCCCGCCGUCACUCCGCCGCUGGGGGGAGUGUUUCCUCCGCGUGCUGACCAGAUACAUACACACUGUGUUGCCAGCCACUGCGCUGCUGCACGCGCUGCGCGGUCCCGCAGUACUCCCUGCGCUCGCUCCCUCCUGCUGGCAGCUGUGCGUGGAGGUGUUCGCAUGUCUGCUGGUUUUUGACACGCUCUUCUUUGUAAGUCACGUGGCCAUGCACAGGGUGCCCUGGCUGUACCGUAGCACCCACCAGCACCACCACCGGCACCACCUUCCCUUCGCCCUGGCUGCGCAGGACAGCUCCUCUCUGGAGCUCCUGUCCCUGCUGCUGCUGGCCCUGAGCAGCGCCAGGUUGGUGGGCUGCCACCCACUGAGCGAGGCCGUCUUCCACCUCCUCAACAGCUGGUUGGCGGUGGAGGACCACUGCGGCUACGACCUGCCCUGGGCCCUGCACCGCCUGCUGCCCUGCCUUGGAGGAGCCCCCUGCCACCAGGCCCACCAUGCUCUGCACAACGUCAACUACGCUCCCUACUUCACCCACUGGGACCUCCUUUUCGGUACAUACUGCACAUCAGAGCGGUAUCUACGUAAAUAGACAUAAAAGUGCUGCAUAUGUUGGACUGAGGAGUGCUCCGGAAAGCUGCCACGAUGCACAGAAGGAUGUUUUCUGCAGAUGUUUGUUCUUUUGUAUAAGCAUUUUAUACGUACAAUUUCUAAUGACUUUUUAUUUGAAAUUUGAAAAAUGGCAUUACACUUUGUGAAAAGAGCAAUACUUGUGAACAAAAGUAGUUUUGUAGCAACAGUUGUUUGAGACUUACAUGUGACUUGGAAAACAAUGACUGGACCCCCUCUGCUCACGAGUCAAUAAGUUCAUGGACAUACAUUGAGCAGAAUCUACAAUGUGAAAGCCAUCAAUGGCGUUUUAACGCUCACAUCUACAGCUGUCUUGUAUCGAGUGAAUGCACCACGAGAUGAGGAGAGUGAAGGAAGGACACAAUAAAUCUAGACAAUGGAACAAUGAACAAGUGCCUGAACUAAUGUCCAAAUAAUUUGCCCUUGCAACCAAGGAGUGUUUUUUGAUGGAUUUUUGGACUUUCAUUUUUUAGGCGUAAGGCAGAGAGCACAUGCCAGAUUUGUUUCAGUGAAUUCUGUUCUUGUGUAUGAAAAGUAUAAAGAAGGAAUCUGUCUGUUUAUAUUCUCAGCGGGGACUCUGGGAUGGGACUCAGCACAUAACAAGGAGAUGUACUCCUCUGGCUGUAGAUUAUUUUACUUGUAAAUAUCAAGCAUAAAACUCUGUGUCUGUAAAGUGAAUCCAAUUUAAGUUCCUUAAACCUGUAUUCUCUUUAACAACCAGCAGGGGGCGACUCCUGGGUUGCAAAAACAAGUGCAAUUGUAUAAAAGUCUAUGAGAAAAUUACCCUAUUUCUAUCUUGAUUUAUGACCUUAGUAAAGAUUUUCCUAAGGAGUUUUAUGGUCUCAAUCACCAGUUUAAAGUCUCCUUCAGUGAACUAUGAGUAAAAUACACAUUAAAGCAGGGGUUUGCUUUAUGGCAGGACUACCUUGUGACUGACAGGUCGCUAUGUAGUUCCUGUUUUACGUCUUCAACUCUAACCCUUUCACUUUCCACUUCAUGAAUGUUCAUUUCAAAGUCACUUUAAAUGUCCUCUUCAGCUUCUGUUUCCAUCAUUUGGAGAUGCUACUGGUGCCAAAAACAUACAUCGCAAAAAUGCCAAACCAGGAGGGGACUUAAGAAGUUGGGAAAAAAAGUAUGUUUCCCAAAAUGUGAAACAAUUUCUUUACCAUCUCUAAAUUACUUCUGAAUCAUUCUGUCCUUUAUUGCAAAAGGCAAGGUGUAUCUUGUGUAAAGCUUUUGUUAGGAGAAUGUCAAUAUGUAAGGUAACACUCCUCUUUGAGCCAAAUCUGUUGUAUAGUUUGUAUACAUUGUAAAGAUUCUCUAAAUGCUCGUUUGGUUGUUUGUUCAUGAUCAAAUAUAUGAAGGCACAGUUUUGUCA